CAGAGACACUGGGCUUUUAAAGGCCAGCGGAAUCAUACCCAGUUCUAACUACAGUCAAUCGCAAUGUCUUUCGUUAUAUGAUUGGUCAAUAUCUAAGUUGGAUUUAAGGUCCCAUCGGAUCUGCGAUAACCCAAAACAUGCAGUGUUAUACAGAGCUAUUACCCCCUUCCGGGGUCACUCAUGCCCUGUCCGUUCCGUUUACUUCAGCUACUGCCAGCAACCUGGUGGUAGCUAAGACCUCACUCUUGCAGAUAUUUUCCUUGAUUGAUGUCGUAUCUGGAGAGAAUGGAAAGGCUGAAGACAAGGCCCGUCGGCCUGAACGAGCUCCGAAUGGGAAGCUGGUAUUGGUAGCGGAGUACGCUCUAUCCGGAACAGUGACGGACAUGAGUCCUGUGAAGAUCAUGAACUCGAAGAGCGGAGGAGAGGCUAUACUCAUAGCCUUCCGCAAUGCCAAACUGAGUUUGAUUGAAUGGGAUCCGGAGCGCCAUGCAAUCUCUACUAUCUCAGUCCACUAUUACGAGAAAGAGGAUCUGACCCGUAGCCCUUGGGUACCGGAUUUGAGCAGCUGCGGUAGCCAUCUUACCGUGGAUCCCACCAGCAGAUGUGCGAUCUUGAAUUUUGGUAUCCGUAACUUGGCUAUCAUACCCUUCCACCAGCCCGGUGAUGACUUGGUGAUGGAUGACUAUGACCCUAGCCUCGAUGGCGAACAAGAAACGAUGGAAACAUCAGAGACUGCAAACAAAGAACAGCAGUUAUAUCGGACGCCGUACGGUCCAUCCUUCGUUUUACCACUCACUGCCCUGGAGCCGUCCCUGCUCCAUCCUAUUAGCCUGGCGUUCCUAUAUGAGUAUAGAGAACCGACAUUUGGCAUAUUAUAUUCGCAAGUGGCCACUUCGAAUGCAUUGUUACAUGAACGAAAAGAUGCCGUCUUCUACGCAGUUUUCACGCUUGAUCUUGAACAACGCGCCUCCACGACCCUACUGUCGGUUGCUCGACUCCCCAGCGACCUGUUCAAAGUGGUAGCUCUUCCCUCCCCUGUCGGUGGAGCGCUUCUCAUCGGAUCGAACGAAUUAGUGCAUGUGGAUCAAGCUGGAAAGACAAAUGCGGUCGGUGUCAAUGAGUUUUCAAGACAAGUCUCGGCCUUUUCAAUGGCAGAUCAGUCAGACCUGGCUCUUCGUCUGGAAGGCUGCCACAUUGAGCAGCUUGAUAUGGACAAAGGCGAUCUGAUCUUGGUCCUCUCUAGUGGUGAUAUGAUCCUUGUGAGCUUCAAACUGGACGGCAGAUCAGUAUCCGGUUUAUCGGUUCGUCCUAUUUCGGCGAAUGGCGGUGGUAAUAUCCUCGAAGCUGCCCCAUCCUGCUCAGCAACUCUCAGCCAUAACCGAAUAUUUUUCGGUAGUGAAGAUGCUGACUCGCUGCUUCUAAGCUGGAGUAAUACAUCAUCCACGAAGUCGCGCGUGCAUAAGAGGCAAAGCGCAGACGAUUUGGGCGACGUCUCAGAUAUAGACGAGGAGGAGGACGACUACAACUACGAGGAUGACUUGUAUUCCACAGCACCGAGUGGCUCUCUGCAGGAUAUUACAUCGGUGCAAGACAGCUCGAUUAUCGGAAGCUAUAACUUUCGACUUCACGAUAGGCUUCCCAACCUGGGACCCUUGAGAGAUGUAGCAUUGGGCAAAUCGCAGAGAACACAAAGCGGCAACAGCAAUAAUGAUAACGCUGCAUCGGCAGAACUAGAGCUAGUGGCCUCUCAUGGCUCAGGCAGAAGCGGUGGUCUUGUGGUAUUGAAGCGUGAGAUUGACCCUCACGUAAUCAGCUCUCUUGAGCUCGAUCAUCUUGACUGUCUUUGGUCGGUUACUGUGAAUGAUCGUGCGACGCUAUCAAAUGUGGAUGGCCCCACAGAGAACGAGGUCAGCCGCUAUGUGAUUCUCUCGAAGAUAGAAUCUGGCGACAAAGAGCAAUCUCUGGUGUACGCUUCGGUUGGCAGCAAACUCGAGGCUUUCAAGGCCCCCGAGUUCAACCCGAACGAGGAUUACACGAUCGAUAUUGGCACACUAGCGAGAGGGACGCGAGUCGUCCAAGUGUUGAAAAGUGAGGUUAGGAGCUAUGACAAAAAUCUUGGAUUGGCUCAAAUAUAUCCCGUCUGGGACGAAGAUACCAGUGAUGAGCGUGUAGUUGUGGCUGCCAGCUUCGCUGAUCCCUAUCUGGUUAUAUUACGGGAUGAUGCAACGCUGUUGAUUCUGCAAGCAGACGCUAGUGGUGACUUGGACGAAGUUCCCCUUCCAGAAGAAGUCAGUUCCGGGCGAUGGCUCUCAUGCAGUCUCUAUGACGAUAAGCAGUCCGUCUUUUCUCCAGCGCCGUCAACGGAAAGCACAAAUAAUUUUCUCCUGUUUGCGCUGAACUCGGAAUGCAAGCUUUUUAUUUUCCAAUUCCCCGACCUGCGGUCGGUAUCUGUUAUUGAAUGUGUCGACUCACUGCUUCCAAUUCUAUCCAAAGACGCACCGCUCAGACGGUCAUCGAACCGAGAGACUUUGACAGAAAUAUGCGUUGCUGACCUUGGAGACCAAUGGAGCAAAUCCCCCUAUUUGAUUGUUCGAACGGGUACCGAUGACCUGGCCAUUUACAGGCCAUUCAUGGCCACCGAGAACAGUGCAGCCACCUCCACAGACUUGCACUUCCUGAAGGAGAGUAAUCACGCAUUGCCAAGGUUUCCUUCUGAGGCCGCGGCAAAAUCAAAUGCAGACGCACAGCUACGACCAAGACCGUUACGUUCAUUGUCAGAUGUCUCUGGUUUUAGCGUCGUAUUCAUGCCUGGCGCGUCCCCGAGUUUCAUAUUCAAGGCCGCUGUCACCACGCCGCAUAUUAUACGCUUGAGAGCAGAUUAUGUGCGUGGUCUCAGUAGUCUCCAUGUUCCUAACGGCGAUUCGGGCUUUAUAUACCUCGACUCUAACGAUGUCGUCAGGUUGUGUCAAUUGCCCCGUGAUACGCAAUUCCAUUUCCCGUGGACAACGCGAAGGAUCCCAGUAGGGGAAGAGAUUGAUCACCUGGCAUACUCAUCCUCAUCUGGGACGUAUAUUCUCGGAACAAGCCACAAGUCUGACUUCAAACUUCCCGAUGAUGACGAGGUCCAUACCGAAUGGCGCAAUGAAGUCAUUUCUUUCCUUCCGCAGAUCGAUCAGAGUUCUGUUAAGAUCAUGAGCUCGAGGACGUGGUCAAUUAUAGACAGCUAUCCUUUCGCCCCGGCGGAACGUGUCAUGGCAGUCAAGAACAUCAACCUUGAAGUCUCCGAACAUACUCAUGAGCGCAAAGAUCUUAUUGUUGUCGGAACUGCUUUCGCCCGAGGAGAGGACAUUGCUUCUCGGGGCUGCAUUUAUGUUUUUGACGUCAUCGAAGUCGUGCCAGACCCAGAGAGACCGGAGGCAAACCGCAAGUUGAAACUCGUGGGAAAGGAGCCCGUGAAGGGGGCCGUAACUGGCUUGUCAGGCAUCGGAGGCCAAGGCUUCUUGAUAGUAGCUCAAGGACAAAAGUGCAUGGUGAGAGGACUCAAAGAGGAUGGGAGUCUGCUCCCUGUUGCCUUCAUGGAUAUGCAAUGCUACGUAAAUGUGGUGAAAGAGCUCAAGGGUACUGGGUUAUGUAUUUUGGGAGACGCGUUGAAAGGCUUAUGGUUCACGGGAUACUCGGAGGACCCAUACAAGAUGACAUUAUUUGGAAAGGACGCCGACUACCUGGAGGUUGUAGCAGCGGAAUUCCUCCCAGAUGCGAACAAGCUGUACAUCCUAGUUUCCGACAGCGAUUGCAAUCUGCAUGUAUUGCAAUAUGACCCGGAAGAUCCCAAGUCAUCCAACGGAGAUCGACUUUUGGACCGCAGCACCUUCCAUAUGGGCCAUUUCGCUUCGACCAUGACGCUCUUACCUCGCACUGUGGUGUCUUCAGAACUUGUGGUCUCGAAUUCGGACGAGAUGGAUAUAGAUGUCUAUGUCCCGAGACACCAAGUGUUGGUUACGACCCAAACCGGAUUGAUAGGUCUCAUAACAUCGGUCUCCGAGGAGUCGUACAGGCGCCUGUCAGCCCUGCAGUCGCAAUUGAUCAACAGCCUGGAGCACCCAUGCGGGCUGAAUCCCCGUGCCUACCGAGCGGUAGAGAGCGACGGUAUCGGUGGUCGCGGCAUGAUUGAUGGGACUUUACUACAGCGAUGGUUGGACUUGGGAAGACAGCGGAAAAUGGAAAUCGCCGCGCGCGUUGGUGCGGAUGAGUGGGAGAUCAAAGCGGACUUGGAGGCCAUCAGCGGAGCUGGGCUUGGUUAUUUAUAGAUUUACGAAGCCAGGGAUAUUUGCGGCGUCACGAGAAAACAAGGAAGGCCAUAUGUAUGAUAGGAAUCUGGGGGGUGGCUGGAACGGCA